UCCAUGACGGCUUUACUAUCACAAUAAUUGAGAGUCAUUCGCUGUUCGCUAAACAUUUAUUCAGUUGCCUUGUGUGAUUGAACGUGAAUAGUUGUGUCAAUAUAAUAAAAUGCCAAAAAUACACAAUUUUGGUGCCGGCCCGGCAAAAUUGCCUGAGGAAGUGUAUGAAGUUAUAAGGGACGAGUUAACGAACUUUAAAGGAACUGGAAUUAGUUUAAUGGAAACAAGCCACAGGACACCUACUUAUUUGAAGUUUAAUACCGAAGUUCAGGAUAUUGUUAGAAGACUUCUAAAUGUACCAGCCAACUACAAGAUAUUAAUGUUGGCGGGAGGUGGACAAGGCCAGUUCGCGGCUGUACCUCUCAACUUGAUAUCGAGAACUGGGACGGCUGAUUAUGUGGUCACAGGUGCCUGGUCGGCGUUAGCAGCCAAAGAGGCGAAGAAAUAUGGCAAAGUCAAUAUGGUUGUGCCAGCCACAGAUAAAUAUACAGGGGUCCCUGACCAGUCUACAUGGAACCUUGAUCCCAAUGCAUCAUAUGUCCAUAUUUGUGGAAACGAAACUAUCCAUGGUGUUGAAUUCGAUUUUAUCCCUGAUACUAAGGGAGUACCUCUAGUCGCUGACAUGUCGUCGAACUUUAUGUCAAAGAAAUUGGAUGUUUCUAAGUUUGGAGUAAUAUAUGGCGGUGCCCAAAAGAACAUUGGUACAUCUGGUGUAGCCCUGGUCAUUGUCAGGGAGGACCUUCUGAACCAGGCUCUGCCCAUUUGUCCAAUUAUUUUGGACUGGACUGCCAAUGCAAAGGCCGAUUCUAUCCUUAACACACCACCUAUGUUUGCUAUAUACGUAAUGGGAAAAUGUUUAGAAUGGAUCGAAAGGAAGGGAGGUCUUGAUAAAAUGGCAGAAUUGGCGAACAAAAAGGCCUCACUAAUUUAUGACCUGAUCGAGCAGUCGAAUGGCUUCUACUAUGCCCCAGUUGCCAAAGACUCUAGGAGUAAAAUGAACAUUCCGUUUAGAGUUGGCUCAGCUGGUGGUGACGAAGCUUUGGAGAAAGAGUUCUUGAAGGGUGCAGAGGCAUUAGGACUUAUACAAUUAAAGGGACAUAGGAGUGUGGGCGGCAUCCGUGCGUCGAUAUACAACGCCGUGACUGUGGAUGAAGUGGAAGACCUGGUCAAAUACAUGAAGGAGUUUUACGAGAAGUAUGCCAAGUAAACCAGUCAAGACUUCUUAAACUGUCAUUUUGACAGCUGUCAAAAAAGUUACUAUUGGCCGUGUAACAUCAGAUUGUCAUUUACCCCGUUUAUAAAGGUAUAGGGACUUGGAUAUUCUUUUCAUAGAAAUUGUGUGAUAAUUGGAAUUAAAUGUGAUUUAAACAAUAAUCAGAUACUCGCAAUCAAGACGAAUACUAAAUUACUAUUUAUAUCUAUCAUAUUUUAUUUAACUAGGGAUGCAUUUGAUAUAAUAAUAUGCCAUAGAUUUAUGAUUAAAUGAGUUGGCUAUUGUGUUGAACAAAUUUGUACAUGCAAGUUGACAAAUUUUUUUCUGUUUAAAUUUUUAUUAUAUGUAUAUAUAUAUAUAUUGUUGCUUCAAAUUGGUUGUAAUACAAUAAGGAAAUAAUUGCUAAUUCUGAUCUAUACCUAAGUCUAAUACCCAAACCGGUAGUUUAUUAAUAUUUUUUUGUAAAUUGUUGUUCUAUUGAAAUUUCCGUCUAUUGUUAUAAUCCCAGUUAUAUAAGAUUUCAGUUAUAUAUCAGGAUUAGCGUUUUUUUUAUCUCUUAGAUAAGCUAUGUUUCGUGUUAAAUCCUUUUAUACUUGUUAAAAUAUUUGUAAUAAAAAUAAACACAUUGAAAUAUAUAAU